CCGUGAUGGUGGCAUGCGAUGCUGGUGCUGUCAAAUGGUGCCAAGACUACUUUGGCGAGUGCGUGUACGAUACUCAGGGACAGAUCUCUGUCAUCCUUGGCAUCAUGUCUACAGGAUGGUGGCUUGUUUGCCAAGCACCUCAGAUCUAUACCAACUUUAAGCGCGGUAACGCAGACUCGCUUGCCCUUCCCUUCCUCCUCCAGUGGCUCUUUGGCGACAUUCUCAAUUUGCUCGGCUGCCUUCUCACCAACCAGCUGCCUACCCAGUUGUAUCAAGCUAUGUACUUUGUCUUUAUCGACACAAUCCUCUUCUCGCAGUUUAGCUACUACUCGAUCAAGAACCGCGGCAAGAAGGCCAAGUCGCUGACGACCGAGAGCUCAGCCCUGCUGAGCAAGCCGGGCGGGCCAGGCGUGGCUUCGCCAAAUGUAGUCAUCGGGACGCCGGUACAUGGCACCGGUGCGUCAGAGACCACACGCCUGCUCUCUGGAGCGUCGCCGCUGUCGACAGUGACGCCACCGGGCAUGGGCACGCCUUCCAUCCCGUUCUCAACCGUCCACUCUACUGUCAACUCGAUGUACUCAACCAGUGCGUCUCAGCCAGGCGUGCCUGCCGCCAACGCCACCCGCCUGCACUCGAUCUUUGUCUUUCUUGCUCUUGGCCUGCUGACCACGGCGAGCUUGGCGCUGGAGCCGUCGUCUCUUGCCGCCCGGGUGGCCAGCCCCGGCGGCCGCGUCCUCCUUAUGCACACCUCGGGCAAGACGAUCAACAUCAUCGGCACCAUCCUGGCUUGGUCGUCGGCGGCGUUUUACCUAGGCUCGCGCACCCCGCAGAUUGUCAAGAACUUCCGCCGCCGCUCCACCGACGGCCUCUCGCUCGCCAUGUUCUUCUUUGCCGUCAUGGGCAACCUCUUCUACGCCGUCUCUAUCUUCCUCAACACCCACGGUUGGCAUGAGUACCGCAAUCGCCUCCCAUACAUCAUCGGCUCCAUCGGCACCCUCUGCUUUGACUUUACUAUCUUUACCCAGUUCCAGAUCUACAAGGGCAACGUGCCCGCAGAGGUCACAGAAAUCGACCCCGAAGUCCAGCCGCUGCCUCCCGCUCCGGCCAACAACACCUCGGUCCCAGCUCCGUAAAACACCCCCCCCCCAC